AUGAAAAUAUUUAGACAUUUUGAUUUUACUUGUACGAUGUUACCGCGUUUGCCCUGCUAUGUAGUGAUUGUCACAUUAAUUUGGGGUAUAUGUGUAAUUCAGCAAAUCCAACAGGUAACAGCGGAAAAUGAACAGCAAAUUCCAGAUUUGUUCAAGAGCAACUUGACAAGGAAUGAAUUCUCGAACCUUCUACAAUCAUUGAUCAAGCUGAAUGAGGGGAGGGUCAAUGUACUGAAAAAAAUAUCUAACUUAGAGGACUACCGACUGCUAAACGAGGUCCUUAGAUCUGGGGACCAUAAACCGAGCGAGAAUAAGGACUUCAAAAAUUUGUACCUCAUCAUCUUAUCGAAAAACGAAUCGAACCCUACCCGAAGAAAUAUGGGGGAACAAGUUGUGAAACUAUUUCCAUCACUCACCACCGCAAAUAAAUUGCGAAAACGUUCUAUUGUUUCAACUCUUGUACCAGUUUCAAAUCCGAUUCGUGAGCCGCCCGACAUAGAACCACAAAAAGCGUUAAAUAUCGCAAGAAUGGCCAAAAUGAAUCUUAGAGCUAGAAACAGAUACAAAAUAGACGAUGGAAGUCACUUAUUCUCGACCUUAGAACCUUCCCAUAACUUACAAGUUGAAUUGCUUGAUACUAAACGAUUAAUUUCAUCUGAAGAAGAAACAGAAGAAAAUCAUUCAACAUCACAACCACCUAGAGUUAAUAUAAAGGUCAACAAGCAAGAUAAAAAAGCUCAAGGUCGGUUUGAAAUUAUUACAAACACAAACACAAAUGAUUAUCAUGGCGGGACAAGCAUUAGUUCUUUUGAAUCUAAAGAAAAAUCCAACGACUAUAAAGAUAUAGACCUAACAUUGGAAAAUGAUCGAAACACUAAAUUAAUGAAAAUACAAGACAAAUUUUCUAACCACAAAGUUGAUAAACCAAUAAAGUCAGAAAAAGAAAUUGACAGUGUUAAAGGAUCAGAUAAUGAUGGCAGCAAAAAGGGAUCUGAAAGUAGUGAAGAGACAAACAAUAAAUCGGUCUCAAUCGAAACUUAUGGCGAAGAAAAGAAAGAAAAAGAAAAAACAAGUAGAGACUAUCCAGAACAUAAUAAUCAGAAAAUAAAAAAUAACCAAAGCAAAAAAUAUAAAUUAAGUAUAAACAAUGAGAAUACUCGUGAAAAGCCGCAUUACAGUAAUCAAAGUCCGCCAGCAUCCAGAGAUAAUUCAGAUGAAUAUAGUAACAACAAUAAAAAACCUAAAAUUAUGGUAGGAGAUUCAAAUGAAAGAGAUUAUGGUAAACUAAAUUUAAAAAAAGAAGCGUCGGUCAAAGUUGAGCAGCCUUAUAGACGCCCAAAACUAAUUAAAACGUAUCCAGUCGAUCACGACCGUAGAAUACAUGUCGAAGAUAUUAAGUCGAAGGAAAAUGAUAUGCCAAAUAAAGCAUCAAAAGUUCAUUCAGAUCGUUUCAGCGAUGAUGAUCACAGAAUAAGUCACGAAGAAAAGUCUUAUGAAAAAGAUAAUAAAGAACACAAAGAUAAAUCUGAACACUCUAAUGAAAAGUCUGGCCAUCGAAUAAAUUUUAACUCAAAGGAGCACAAGUCUAGUGAAGAAGAUGAGGCAAAAAAACAUAAGAAGUAUUCCAAAGAAGACGAAGACAAAUCUAAUGCCAAUUCACAUAAAUCUAAUGAAAAACAUAGCAAUAAACCGCCUAGAAUGACCUCCGAUCACUUUAGUGACGAUGAUCAUCGAAUGAGUGAUAAGUCAUUUGAAUAUGACUUAGACAAUAAACAUGACUUAGACAGUAAACAUCGCAAAACAAGUUCAAACCACAAUGACAACGAUCAUAGAAUUAGUCUUGAUGAUUUUACAAAGACCCAAAUCAAUAAGCACAAAACCAUUGUGAGACAUUCCAAUGAAAACGACCAUCGACCUAAUCAAGGUGACAAGUCACAUGAAAAACAGCCAACUAACAAAAAUAAAAGCAAUUCAAAGUACUCAAAUGAAAUGAAUAAAUCGUAUGAAAAAGAAGAUAAAAACCACACACCAAGAGAUAUAAAACAACCUUUAAAAGAGACAAAUGAACAAGCGCAUAAGGUAGCUUCAAAUGAAAAUAAAUACAAAAAGAAAGUUAUGGAUAGCAAAAUCGCUAAAACAACUCCCAAAUACAUUAAAGAUUCAAUUGAUCAUAAACCAAAAAAUAAUGUUAGGAAUGAUCAAUCCAAUGAAGAUGAAGGUUACAAAUCGCAUAAAGAUGAUGUCAAACAUUCUGAGGAAAACGACCACAAAAUAAAUGACAGCAAAAGUCAAGAAAAGAAAAAUGAAAACGAUUAUAAAAACACUAAAAUAAAUAAAGAUGAGUCAAAAGAGAUUGAACCGCAUGGCAUGUCGUAUUCAAAACCUUCAAAAGAUGCGCAUUUAUCUAAAGAGGACCGUAAAUUCCCUUCACCAGGUUCAAGUUUGUCCCAUGAAACACCUAACAGAAAUGGAUAUAAUAAGAUCAACAAAGAUCUCCCUAACAAAAGUGACUAUCAACAACCAAAAGACCUCAGUGCUCAUACUGACGACGACAUAAUAUCAAAACCAAAACAUCCCUCCUUCGAAGAUGAUCACGGAGAAAAACAAUCUGAAGCAGGUAAAGACUAUGGAGGUGAUGAUUAUCGGAGCACGGAGGAAUCUGGAAAAAUCCCUAAUACUCGAGUAGUUAUGAAAGAUAAACCACAAGAAGUAAAACAUUCUAAGCCCCCUUCAGCAGAAGUCGAUGAAUACGACCAACCGGGUGCGAAGCCUCAAGAAUCGAGAAAGAAUUUUGUAAAAUGUCUAAGUAAAAAAGCGUUAAAAUUAUGCAUAAAAUCAUGUAACAGCGCUUACAAAAAUGUUUGUCGAAAAAUGAAAUGUACUUCAAGAUCGAAAAAAGCACUAAAAAGGGAAUGCAAACGAAGUUGUAAAAAGACAUUUGCGUCAAGUAAAUCAAGUAAAUAUAGUGAUGAUAGCGGCAGCGAGUAA